AAAUCGAGAGGGAAUGAUGUUGGUACGCCGCACACAGUCAAUAUCAAUGGCGAUAGAGUCCAUCUCUGCUACAUUCCCAUGGCGGUGCAGACGUCCAAACACCAUUCUCACCCAGACGAUGAUAUCAUUUUUCAGUUCGCUGUCUCUGCCUUCGACCCUUUGCCCCAAAAGUUUUACGCUUUCCUUCUGUUCCAGUCCUCAUAGUUCUACCGAACUCACCAACCUAUACCCCCAAGAACCCUCAAAACAAGGACCUUUGAAACCUGGUUUGUAUCUCGUAGGAACACCAAUUGGGAAUCUUGAGGAUAUAACUUUAAGAGCUUUGCGUGUCUUGAGAUCAGCUGAUGUGAUACUUUCAGAAGACACAAGGCAUUCAGCGAAGUUGCUUCAGCAUUACAAUAUUAAAACUCCGCUCCUGAGUUAUCAUAAAUUCAACGAGUCUCAGAGAGAACAAGCAGUAUUAAAGAGAUUGCAGGAUGGUGAAAUCGUGGCACUGAUCAGUGAUGCAGGUACACCAUGCAUCAGUGAUCCUGGUAUGGAAUUGGCAAAAUUAUGUGUGAAUGAAAAUAUACCUGUAAUUCCCAUCCCCGGGCCUUCUGCUUUGGUAGCUGCUCUUUCAGCCUCUGGUUUGACUAUCAAUGAAUUUACAUUUGUUGGGUUUCUCCCUAAAAAUGCAGGAUUAAGAAGAGAGAGGCUGAUUGUUUCUGCAAAUGAAGCAGCCACACAGAUCUUCUUUGUUCCUCCGCACAAGCUUUGUCGAUUUCUUGAAGAAAGUUCUUUACUUUUUGGUGAAACUAGGCGAUGUGUUAUUGCCCGAGAGAUGACCAAAAUACAUGAAGAGUUUUGGCGGGGUACGCUUGAGGAAGCAAAAGAAGCAUUCUCAACACACCAGCCAAAGGGAGAAAUUACAUUAUUGAUUGAAGGAAAGUCAAUUUGCAUAGAUGAAACUCCAUCAGAGUCUAAGCUAGAGAACGAAUUGAGAGAGUUGAUCUCCAAAGGGCAUAGUCUUUCCAUGGCGGUCAAACUGGUGGCUGCUGGAACGUCUAUGAGAAGGAAAACAGUAUAUUCUCUUGCACUGAGCAAAUUUGGGAAGCAGCAUGAAGCGGAGGAUGAUGUCAAUGGAUGAAGAUCAUGCUCCGAUCGUUUGGCUUGAAGUGCUAACUGCUUUUACUGGUUCAUUGGAAGGCAGGGCUAAGCUUAUAUGUGUCAUUUUUCAAUGCUUUGGAUGUCAACAUAGUGCUAUAUCUGGAGCCACGGCGAUAGACAAUGCCCCUUCCAUGUGUCCUGAGGCUACUUCAGAGCGCCCGGCGCUGAAAUCUGAAUUUUAUGCAGUGCCCCAAAUGAGCAAACUAGAUUUGUGAAGGCACAAGUUGUAAAUCUGUGAUAUGUGUAGAUGAUCAGCUAGUUUCUCAACACUUUUGCUUACUCUUCACUGUGUACUUGAUUACAGCUAUGAAUAAAAUGAAGCUUAUUCAUGUUGA